AUGUUGGAAAAGACAAAAUUAUACACCAAGAUUGCCGGCUAUGCCCUCGUUAUGCUUUGGACAGAGCUACGGCUCGCUCUCCGAGGUGUCAUAGUACGACGUCAAGCCGCUCUGUUUGGGUCUCUUGGAUCAGAAGAGAGAACUCGCAACAUCGUCAUUGUCGGCGCCAACUUUGCGGGCUACCGUGUCGCUCAGAUCAUUGCAAAGAAUCUCUCUCCCCGUAGCCCUUAUCGCGUCGUGGUUGUUGAACCCAACAGCCAUUUCCACUUUACCUGGGUGCUUCCCAGAUUCUGCGUCGUCAAAGGGCACGAACAUAAAGCAUUUAUUCCCUACGGAGGAUACUUGGACGGAGUCAUCGAAGGGUCGUAUCGCUGGAUCCAAGACAAAGUUAUUGAUAUCGACCGAACCACUGUGAGGCUACAGGGCAGCGAAGAGUCAAUACCAUACGAGUUUCUUGUCAUUGCUACAGGAGCGGGUGUACAAGAUGGCCUUCCAUCGCGAGUCAAUUGUACAGAAAAAACGGAAGGGAUAAAGCGUCUACAAAGCAUGCAAAACAGACUCGAAUCGGCGAACACGGUUGUUGUCGUUGGAGGGGGUGCUGCCGGGGUCGAAGUCGCCACAGAUGCCAAGGACUUAUAUCCAGAGAAGCACAUCAUCUUGAUCCAUUCUAGAGAUGCAGUGAUGCAUCGUUUCGGUAAAGGUCUUCAGAAAUCUGCGCGGGAAGGGCUUGAAAGACUCGGCGUCGAGCUCAUCCUUGAAGAGCGCGUGGUAAAUGAAGACGCCGCAACUGGAGUAGUGACUCUCAGAUCCGGCCGACAGAUUACCUGUGAUUUCUUUAUGAAUUGUACCGGGCAAAGACCACUGUCCGAAGUGGUUGCCACCCUCUCUCCCAACUCGAUUUCAUCCACGGGCCACAUCAAAGUCAAGCCAAACCUCCAGAUAGCCGACGAUUCUUUACCAAACAUUUACAUCUGUGGCGACGUUGCCGACACGGACACCCCGAACCCAAACGCGCGAUCGGCGAUGCGACAAGGCACAAUUGUGGCAGAUAAUAUUCUCCGUGCGGCUGCGGGCAAAACCCCCAGUUACGUCUACGAGAAUCAAUGGGCAGAUGGCGUAAUCAAGCUGACUCUGGGACUGGAUCGAUCAGUUACACAUCUUGGGGAUGGAAACUCCGAGUUGCUAUUCGCAUCAAAGGAAACGGACGAGGCUCUGAUGUCAGCCAUGGCUUGGUCGCGCAUGGGAGCGAAGCCAUUCGAAGAUGCGUACAUGGAUGCUCAUGCACCUGAAGCCGAAAGAGAUAUCAACAAAUCUUGA